AUGAUUUGUGCAGAUGAGAGCUUCAGGAGUCUAAGGAUUAUUCUAGUGGGUAAGACUGGAGCUGGGAAGAGCGCUACAGGAAACACCAUCCUGGGAGAAAGAACGUUUAAUGCAAGAAUGUCAGCAAAUUCUGUAACACAAGUGUCCAAGAGUGUUCAUGAGACAAUAGAUGGAAGACAAAUCUUAUUGAUUGACACGCCAGGAUUUUGUGGAUCGUUGACAGAGGAGGACAUGAUAAAUCAAAUUGAGAGGUGUGUUAAAAUGUCUCUUCCUGGUCCUCAUGCUUUUCUCCUUGUGAUCAGUGUGGGGAGAUUUACAAAGGAGGAUUUAGAUGUAGUCAAGCUUAUAAAGAAGAACUUUGGAGAAGGUGCAUUGAAGUACACUAUUGUACUUUUUACUCAUACUGAUCAGCUAUAUGACAUAACUUUACAAAAUUAUAUAGAAGAAAGCAUAGAACUACAGCAGCUGAUUGACAGCUGUGGUGGCAGAUAUCACUCGUUCAACAACAUAUAUAGGAAUAACGGCUCUCAGGUCAGACCGCUGCUAAACAAGAUCCAGGGGAUGGUUGUGACGAAUGGAGGGACAUACUACACCAGUGAGAUGUUUGAAAAAGCCCAGAAAAAAUUUGAUAUUGAGAAAAAAAUACAAAAAGCAAAAGAAAUUGUAUCAGUGGCAGGACUCGCAGUAGGUGUAGGACUGAUAUGUUCACCUGUUGGAGCUGUAGUAGGAACUAUAGGUGCAGCAGCAUCAGGAGCAACACUUGCAAUAGGAGCAGGAAUAGGAGCAGGAGUCGCAGGAGGAGUCGGAUUAGUAGGAGGAGCAGCAUUAGAAGGUGCUAAAAGAGCCAAAUCAACUUUGAGCAAGGACAAAAAAAGUGAUUAGAUUAAAACAGCCUGAUACAAAAUUUGACAUAGCAUGAAACAAUUUUUUAAACAAUAAUCUUUUUGCUUGAAUACUGUACAUUUUCUAAUGAAUAAAAACUUUCAAACAGACUUUUAAACCAUACAGUAAAAAAAAAAAUUUGAUUGUAAAGAUUUUGACAUUGAAAUACUGUAUUCUGCCACGUUUUAUUUUUUUUCCCUGAACAUUUCCUGUUUCUGUUUAUGAAACGUGUGCACAGACUCAUAGAGAAAGUGCAGAUAAUGCAUAUAAUCCAUUUCCACAGCUAAUAAUUUGCCUAUUUCUGACACUGGUCUGUAGCCCAACUGGGUAUGAGCAAAUAUUAUAUGACAUAUCAUUUUUAAUUUAAAAGUCUCCCAAUCUCUAGUAAUAAUAUAUUAUUAUUAAUAAUUCAUUAUUAUUUCAUUUAUCUAAUCAGUCCACAUCAUGUGAUCUAAAUCUUUGGUUGAAGAUUCAAUGUGUUCAAUGUGUUUAACAUCUCAAAUAAAAUACUGUUUCCACAGCUGCUGACCAGUUUUGUACAUAAUCAGGUAAAAAGUAUGGUGGGCUUUUUUUUUUUU